AUGAAUAUCGCUCCCGAAACACCUAAAUGCAUUCAUUAUUCACAGAUAGAACGCAAGUACUACUUUUGGAAUUCCAAGUGCCCCGAUCACAUUCAGUUCUUAGAGUGGAACUCAAAACAUAUUAAUCAAGUUCGGAGUACUAUUUCCGACCCCGAGAUACAAGACAUCAUUGAGAAAGCCAGAGAAAUGAUACAGUGGCUUGCUCCGGAGUCUCAACCUAAGCUAUCAAGCCAGCCGCCUACUUCACGCCAGCAGGCGAUUCUGCCUGAGUCAAAUGCAUCUUUGUCCUCAGUAAGAUUGGUAACCGUGAAGCAAGAGCAUGCGCACAGGCCACCUACUACCUACCCACCAACGCCAAGAUUCUCUCAUAGUAUGCCGCCCUGGGAACACCUUACCUGUAAAGAUUUUGAGCAAACCCCGGAAAGAUUUCGCUCUGAUCUACAUGCGCUACUCAAUUAG